AUGCCUAUCUGGACCCGACUGCUAAACUGACUCCGUUCUUUAUUUUGAAGCAGAAAACUCGAAAUUUCUAUCGUCGGCCUUCAAAAUGCAGGGAAAACUACAUUUGUUUCUGCGCUCGCAACAUCUGAAUUUGAUGACGACACAAUCCCGACAAUCGGCUUCAACCACCGAAAAGUCAAAAAAGGUGGUGUUGAGCUUCAAAUUUGAGAUUUAGGUGGACAGCCUAAAUUCAGAGACAGCUGAGAGAAAUAUUGCCGAAAUGUAGACUGCAUUGUCUUUGUAGUUGAUUCUGCCGAUUUCGGAAAUUUUGAUAUUGCUAAAGCUCAGUUGCAGAAGCUGCUGAUGUGGCCUUCACUUGUGGGAAUUCCUUUAUUAGUGAUAGGGAAUAAGAAUGAUUUAGAGGGCGCUUUAAAUGAAGAAGAAAUUAUAUCAACGCUUACAUUGAUGUCAGUUAUCGGGAGGCCUGUGGCUUGUUAUAGUGUCAGUUCAAAAGAUAUGAAUAACCUCGAUAUGGUUUUAAGGUAUUUUGCAAAGUUGCCUAAAAGGAAAACUUGCUAA